UGGACGGUGAAAACAUUUCCUUAUUUUUCAUUUAGUUUUUUUUUUGGUGUGAUAAAAAGGUAAAAUAUGGUGUGAAUCCAUUUAAUCAACGAUAUUAAUAAAAUAAUUAAAAUUUAAAAAGUAUUUUAUUGAUUAAGGAUGUCGAAUUUUCUAAUGGUAAAUAUAAAAUAAUGGGUUAAAUAUGUUUUUAGUCCCUGAAGUUUCACUGAUUUUUGGUUUUAGUCCUUGCAUCAAACAUUGAUGGCAUUUCAUCUUCUUAGUAUGGAAACAUGUAUUUUUGGUCCCUAAAAAUAGANGGNGUCAAAUCUCACUAACAGACUUGCCACAUCUUCUAUCAAUUUUAAUAUUCUCUCUCUGCCANGUCAAAUCCUCUGUCUGUUCAUCUCCCAUUCUUUUCUCCUCCAUUUUCUCAUCCAAAUCAAUUGGCAGNGACAAUGAUUUCUGAGAUUGAGAAGUGACGACAGAGGUUAAUUGGUAGUGGUGAUGACCCAUCCCAGCGAGAAUUUGUUGGUCAUUGAAGAAGAAAAACAGUAUUUGUCGUCUUCACAUCCCAAACCUUAAUGCUCUCGUCGAAGGACCCGGACCCGAACAUGAUGUAGCUUGAUUGGGGAUUGAAAAAAAAAACUGCACUAAAUCAGAUCUGGUAUAGGCAUAAAAGCUAGUUAAAAAAGUUCAAGGAAACAGAGAGAGACAGAGAGAAACCUUUAAUGCCAUAAUGAAAUAUUGCCAAAUCCAAUCCAGUAGACGUAAUUAAUUACAGGGAUGAGAUCGUAGACAUUCAAACGCAUGAGUGUGUUGAUUUUGCUGUUACAAAGGGAAACACUCAUUCCAUGGACAUGGAGCGAGAAGAAGAAAUUACACAAACAGAUCCAUGUCCACGACCAGUUGUUUUACAUAAAUUUUACACAAAUUUCAGUUUUCACAAUUUUAUUCCUGUCUGUUGCUCUGCACAAGACCAGUUGUUGGUCUCAAUUGUGUAGAGGAUUUUAAUAUCAAAAGCAAGAAAAAAAUCAUACCAGAAUCAUCAAGGAUGUGGAUAUACAAUUUCUCAAUUUCUCAAUUUCGCCCUGUCUUGUAUGCUUUGCUGCAUAAUUCACAACUCUCAUAGUGAUUUUGAGUUUUGGUGAAUUUUUGUGCUUUGUAACUGUUGGUGAAAGUGUAUUUCAUCACUUGAAACUUGUAUGCAUUGUUGGAUUGACCUUAUUCUAGCCUUUGUACAACAUCAUCAUCUAUACCGUUGCAUUUACUGAAAUUCACCACUGUACUAGUGAUUUUCUGUGCUGAUAAGUUUCUUUGCUGUUUUAUNGGCUACACAUAUCACAAUUGGUGAUAUAAACUUGUUUGAAGUGUUAGCUACACAUUUGAAUCAUUGCAUUUCAAAUUGACCACUGCUGUUCCAGUUUUCCAGCCACCAAUUUAGUGCAAUUUUAGCCAUUUUUUUUACUGCAUAAUUUGGUAAUUACUAUACUAUUUUGAGAUUCUGUGGCUGUAGGUGCAUUCUCUUUGUUUCAGCAAGUUUAUUUGGUCAAUUACAGCCUUUGCUUACUGCUCAUUUGGUCACCUUUGCACCAUUUCACCAACUCACACCUUAAAGCCGUGACUUUGCUCUAACUGAGGAAGUGAGCUUAUCAUAUUCGCAAACUACUCAAGUGCAGUCCUUUUUGGCUUUGGAAUUGUUGAACAAUGCACUAAGCGUGAUAACAUUAUAAAUUUGCUAAUGUCUGAGACUGCUGAAGCAGGGAAAGAUGGAGCAAAUUUAUCUUUGUUAUCGAAUUUGAAGAAAUUGCAGUUGUCAAGCAAUGGUGAAUCUCAGCAACCAUUGUCAUCCCUUAUCUAUCCAAGUAAUCAAUUCCUUAUUCGGAAGCCUUUACUGCAUUUAGUUCAAGCUUCAGCCCUUUCUUCAAAGAUCACGGUUCAUCCAGAUGGUCAAAUCACAUUUAUGGGUACUGCAAUUGAGUUGAAAGAUCUUCUCUCUGUAGUUUCUGAAUCAUACUUAUCAAAAAGCUCACAAAAGGGUGAAAAGCAAUCUAUGCUUGUUCCACACUGCAAUUGUUGUUCUCUAAACUGCAGACUUGUUUCAAGGGAGCUUCCAUCAGAGGUGGAGGGAGAAACAGGGGGAAGAGGCGAGAUGGUGGAGAUAGACCAUGGAAUCGAAGGUGAGGAGAGUGACGAGGGCGUGAUCGACGGUGCUGUAAGUGGAGAAGAGUUCGGCAGGGAGGUUGGUGUCGGCGAGGGGCGGGGAAAAGGGUUGCAAAAAAAUCAAACAUUUAAGUCAAAGAUGCCACGUUUCAGAAAAAGGAAACAAGUGUACACUAAAGACCUGGAAGUGCCGUUAGUCAUGUCAGCAAAAAUUUAACACCGUCUAUUUUUAGGGACCAAAAAUACAUGUUUUCAUACUAAGAGGAUGAAAUGCCAUCAAUGUUUGAUGCAGGGACUAAAACCAAAAAUCAGUGAAACUUCAGGGACUAAAAGCAUAUUUAACCCUAAAAUAAUUUUAAUUACUCACCUCACGAAGCU